AUCAUGGUAGGUUGCGGCGCAGAACGGGGCCUGAAUAGGCGGCUGAGAGUCUCUAAGUGAACCGAAUUACCGCUUUAUUCUCUUGUAUACAGCAAUCUGAAAGUUAUAGCAACACAUUAACAUCCACAGUAGGCCCAGCGGAACCGGCAGCAUGUCUGCAGCAGGAGAUUUCGGGAACCCGCUCCGCAAAUUCAAGCUGGUGUUUCUGGGAGAACAGAGCGUGGGAAAGACAUCACUGAUCACCAGAUUUAUGUAUGACAGUUUCGAUAAUACCUACCAGGCGACAAUAGGAAUCGAUUUCUUGUCGAAAACAAUGUAUCUUGAGGACAGAACAGUGCGGCUGCAGCUGUGGGACACAGCAGGACAGGAGCGCUUCCGCAGUCUGAUUCCCAGCUACAUCCGGGACUCUACGGUUGCCGUUGUAGUCUUUGACAUCACAAAUGUCAACUCGUUCCAGCAGACCACCAAAUGGAUCGAUGAUGUCCGAACAGAAAGGGGAAGUGAUGUCAUAAUCAUGCUGGUGGGAAACAAAACAGAUCUUGCAGAUAAACGGCAAGUUUCUAUCGAGGAAGGAGAAAGGAAAGCCAAAGAACUGAAUGUAAUGUUUAUUGAAACUAGUGCUAAAGCCGGAUACAACGUCAAACAGCUUUUCCGGCGUGUAGCAGCAGCUCUUCCUGGUAUGGAGAGCACACAAGACAAGAGCAGAGAGGACAUGAUCGACAUAAAAUUGGAAAAGCCGCCAGAGCAGCCGGUCAACGAAGGCGGAUGUUCGUGCUGAGGCUUCAGUCGACGUUUCUGUGCCGUGUCUCUUAUUGUCGUUCUUUUAGUUGCACUCGCCGCAUCUCUCUGGAUAUUCUGCAGAAGCGGAGGAAGUAGAACACUACCCAUCAUCCUCGUUACCUCUCGCCCACUCAAAUGACUUCGAAAGCACGACGUGGAUGUGUGUGAUGUUGCUUUUCUAUUAAUCGUUUCCGUUAAUCGUACACCUUUUGUGGUGUUUUUUUUUUCACUCUCAAAACGCUUUUUUUUCGUCCACGUUUCGUUUUAUGUGAAAUAAUACUUAUAUUACUGUAAUCAUGACACUAAUAGGAACAAAACAAGAUAUUAGAAGAAGGAUAUCCAGAUUUGAAUAUGCGACGAUUCUCUAAAUGUCGUUGUAUGAUACGAAGUGUCUAGAUUUCAUCAUAUGUGGCUGAAGCGCUUUGAAUCUGUCUCUUCUUCAGAAGGAAGAAAGGAAAUGUUUUGUGAGGAACAAGUGGUGCUUUAGCUCAAGCUUUGUGCUUUUUUCUGCUUCGAUUAUUUGAUUUUCUUCCAUCUGCUUUUGAGCAUUAGAAAGCCAAUAGCUUAGUCAAAGAGAGAUACAGUUAUUGUAAAGAAAUAUGUAUAUUAAGGGAAGUAUCAGAUCCGAUUUGACAGAUAAUAUGCAGCCGUUGCUUUCAAUGGUUUGUUUUAUUGGGCUUCCACUGAUUUGCUUUUUUGUUUUUGUUUUUUAUUAGCAUUGUAAAGUUUGAUUUAUUUUAAUAGAUGUGGUUUGUUUUCUCUUUUGAUUUGUUGAAUCAACCAUGAACCGUAAUAUUUAUUUGUAAUGUCUUUUUAAACACUGUUUGGUUUUUCAUCGUUCAUAGACCGAGACGUUCAGAUAUUCGGGCUCAAAGCAGCUGCCACAUUUGUUUUUAAAUGUACAGUGAUGUUUUGUCCCCAGACUGAUCUAAACGUUUCUAAGAUUUAGUGUAUUUUUUUGAGGGUUUGUUUUCUUUAAACUGUCUGACACAUUUCAGAUGAAUUUUAACCGGUUUCGUCUGGCAGUGCUGCUUGACGACAAUACUCAUUAUUUGCACUGCUAAAAUUGAUCAGCAUCUUUGAGACAUCCCUAAUAAAAUCUUUAUUUAGCAACAACA